AAGUUUCUAUUUGCUUGCACAUCACUACAUAUUUUUUAAACACGACAAAAUAAUUAACUUUUGAUAGAUUUUAUACAUAAAAAACAAAUGUGUCCACAGCAAAAUCGCAAUGAGUAAUAGGGUGCGAAUUGUUGUUGUCGGUGACUCGGGUGUGGGCAAGACCUGUCUGACGCACCUGAUCGCUCACCACGAAUCCCUGAUCCGACCCGGCUGGACGGUGGGCUGUAACAUCCAGGUGAAGAUUCACGAGUUCAAGGAGGGCACAGCCCGACAGUCUCCUUAUUUCGUCGAACUCUUUGACGUGGGCGGCUCGUUGAACCACAAGAACACCCGGAGCGUCUUCUACGCUGGCGUGCAUGGCAUUAUCCUGGUGCACGACCUCACCAAUGGCAAAUCGCAAGAGCAUCUUCUCGACUGGCUAUACGAGAUCGUGAACAAGGAGGGCAAGGACACGUAUAAAUGCCGCGGCAGCUCCACGCCCGCUUCGUCGUCUCCCCCGCGGACUGCUUUCACCCCAAAUGCACCGGAAUGCACAAGUGGCAGCAGCUCCACCGCGCGUUUCGAUAUGGAGGAGUUUCUGGGCGCCACACAAACACCCAUUUUGGUUAUGGGCACCAAGCUGGAUCUAAUUGACGAGAAGCGGCAGCCCAAGACGGCUGUGAAGAAGGCGGGCGGAAUAGCUGACAAAUGCGGUGCGGAGGAAAUCUGGCUAAAUUGCAGAGACACGCGCAGCCUGGCCGCUGGCACAACGGACUCGGUGAAACUGUCGCGGUUCUUUGACUGUGUGAUCGAGAAGCGUGAAUCGCUGGGCGGUGGCAGUGGGUCGCAAGACUUUGGUAGCUUUGGAAUUGGCGCUCCGCCAGACCGUCGCCGUCCAGUCUAUUCGGCAACCAGUUUGCCAGAGUACUCUCUAUACGGCGGUCCGGCCAGCAGCAGCAGCGGGAUGAGAAUGGAACCGAGUGCCAUUCCACUGCUGGACACCAACGACCUCAAGUGAUGUUUUCCCUUUGUAUGCAUUCAAUUAUAGCUUUAAGAUUGUAUUGAAAAUAUAUGAAAACAAUUUUCGGGCACGGCCAAAAAUGCAA